GGUCGGCACAGGAAAAAGGUUGACACACAAUGGUUGACAGGACUGGUCGACACAUAGAAAGGUUGACACAACAUUCGGCGCAAGUUACUAUUCACAAUCCUAGUCCACGUGGAUAGUAAAGUAUGAAAAACGGAAAAAUCUAUUUAAAAAAAAAAAAGGUAAUGUUGCCUUUUUCAUGUGGUGUACAUUUUAAUGUGUUGACCUUUUUUCUAUGUCGACUGAUAGUGCUCAACCUAAUCCAUGUUGACCUACCAUCCAGAUACCAACAUGUUGAGGUCUGCAGUGGGAGCUAUUAGCCAAGGAGUGGGGGUUGUGAGCUUGUCCUGAGUUUGCUUCUACUGCCCGACUCUUGACAUAUAUACUCGCUCAAAUUCAGAACAUAGGACCCCCAGGGCUAGCAUAAAUUAACUCAGAAGUCUAUCCAUGUGGACUUCUAUUGGGAAUAGUAACCUGUGGCAAGCAACCAAGGGGGUCCCAUGUUCAGAACUUGAACUAUAUCUAUGUUUAUAAUACUAUCUCUGGAUGUAGCACUGGUACACGGAAGCUGCUUUGUAAAUUCAGAAUGGCGGUGGAUGUUGGGUGUGGGGACACUGGAGACUGGGAAGGUCGCUGGAACCAUGUUAAGAAGUUCCUCGAGCGAUCCGGACCUUUCACCCACCCCGAGUUCGAACCAAGCAAAGAAUCUCUGCAGUUUCUCUUAGAAACCUGUAAAAUAUUGGUGGUUGGAGCCGGGGGCUUGGGCUGUGAACUUCUCAAAAAUCUGGCCCUUUCAGGAUUUCGGAAGAUCCAUGUGGUUGAUAUGGACACCAUAGAUGUCUCCAAUUUAAACAGACAGUUUUUAUUCCGGCCUAAGGAUGUUGGGAGGCCGAAAGCUGAGGCGGCAGCUGAAUUUAUAAACAACAGAAUCCCUGACUGUUGUGUUACACCACAUUAUAAAAAGAUUCAAGACUUCGAUGAAUCCUUUUACAGGGACUUCCAUAUCAUAGUGUGUGGUCUGGAUUCCAUUAUAGCCAGGCGGUGGUUGAAUGGGAUGCUGAUGUCUCUACUGAACUAUGAAGAUGAGGUGUUGCAGCAAAGUUCGGUAAUUCCGAUGAUUGAUGGCGGCACAGAAGGCUUUAAAGGAAACGCCCGUGUAAUAUUACCAGGAAUGAGCGCCUGUGUGGAGUGCACGCUGGAGCUGUACCCACCACAGAUCAACUUUCCCAUGUGUACGAUUGCAUCUAUGCCCAGGUUACCCGAGCACUGUAUAGAGUAUGUCCGGAUAUUGCAGUGGCCAAAGGAUCAGCCUUUCGGAGAGGAUGUCCAGGUGGAUGGAGACGACCCAGAACAUAUACAAUGGAUUUUUAAAAACUCUCUGGAGAGAGCAUCACAAUUUAACAUCCGAGGGGUGACGUACAGGCUGACACAAGGUGUUGUAAAACGAAUUAUCCCUGCCGUAGCGUCUACUAAUGCAGUAAUUGCAGCUGCCUGUGCCACUGAAGUAUUUAAAAUAGCCACAAGUGCUUACAUUCCGCUGAAUAAUUAUCUGGUAUUUAAUGAUGUGGAUGGAUUGUACACCUACACCUUUGAAGCGGAGAGAAAGGAUAACUGCCCCGCCUGUAGCCAGCUGCCCCAGAACAUCCAGUUUCCUUCCUCUGCUAAACUCCAGGAGGUCCUGGAUUAUUUAACAAGCGACACUUCAUUACAAAUGAAAUCUCCUGCUAUUACUGCAACACUAGAUGGAAAGAAUAAGACAUUAUACUUACAGACUGUAGCAUCUAUAGAGGAACGGACGAGGCCUAAUCUAUGCAAGACUUUAAAAGAGCUGGGCCUUGUUGAUGGACAAGAACUUGCAGUUGCUGAUGUUACGACGCCUCAGACUGUGCUGUUCAAGCUUCAUUUCACUACCUAGCCCCGGAGACGCAGAGCGUUUCCAUACGGCCACCUUUAGUAAUAAAUUAUAAGAACAGCGUAGUAAAUAGUAGCAUGAAUGUGCAGUGUGCUGGAAGCCGAACAGAAAGGCCUGGCAUGGAUAUUGGGAGGAGACCGCACUUACUGGCUGCCUGGCCAGCUCAUAGGGUAAUUCAGAGUGCUCGUGUAACAUAGUUCCGCCAUUGAACAGUUAUUUAUGAAAGGGAAAACAUUUUUAAAAAAAGACCCCCAGGUGCAUUUUAAAUAUACUUUUAGAAACAUCCGCUAUGUACAGUGUUCUGUUUGAACUGUUUACUGCUGUAUACUGUAUAAAGACUUGUAUGUUUCCUUUUUUUAUAAUGUCUUUUUUUUUUUUCUUAGGUUAAAUUACAAAACAAUUGUUUUGUCAGAGUUGUAAACAAUGUAAUUAAGCAUAAUAAAUUCCCUUCUACCUUG